AUGUUUAAAAAAUCUCUCGAAACAAGUGUGUCAUGGUGCACAUUGGUAACCAAGACCAAAUGUACAGAUACAUGGAUCCCCCGGCUGGAUAAGCUUCUCGAGCUGUUUUUGGAGCUGGAGAAGUCUCAAACAGGUGUGUUUCCGUCUCCAUCAAAUUCGAAGAAUAUCUUGGAGGACUUCUCGAUGAGCCGAUUUAGUAGAAAAUCAAUUCUCAAACUCACUGGACAAAUCUCUCUGACAAGUGCUCAAACAGUCGGUUCCAACGGAUUGAUGAUUCUUGAGUGGAGAGAACUCCUCGUUUCUCGCCACUUCCCAAAUGAAGAAUCGCUCGGACAACUCGAAGACGUCGAAGAUGAAUUGCUCCAAUUUGAUUCCGUUCGGCUUCUCCGGCUUCACGAUUUCACCGUUUUUGUCGACGUAGGAGAUCUUCUUGUGUGCACGAUGGUAUGGGAGACGAGAUGA